UGAGCUGUUUGUUAGGGUAGUAGGUAGCAGUAUCAUCCCUAUUUCUUCUUCUCAUAACUCUUCCUCUGCUGCACCACCUGAAAUCAGGAACCAGUAACCCUAGUUACAGCAGAUUCAACUCCUAACAUCAAUAAAAUCUCCAUAAUGUUCCUCAUUUCAGCACUCCUUACUUCCGGUGGUCCACGCCGUCCUUGGCAUUCACCUCUCGCUCCCCGCUUCCGCAGGUUUCUUUCACUCUCAUCCCAGCACUCAACAAUUGACUACUCUCUUUCCCACCCCAUUUAUAUGAUAUGGGGUUCCAACACCGGCCUAGGGAAAACUCUAGUCUCUGCUGGCCUUGCAGCUUCUUCCAUUCUCUCUCCCUCCUCCUCCUCCUCCUCCUCUUCUUUCACUCCCACCAACUUCACCUAUCUCAAGCCUGUUCAAACUGGAUUCCCAGCAGACUCUGAUUCCGCCUUCGUUUAUCGGAAAUUUGCUCAUGUUUUUGCUUCUCUAAAGCCCGCAUUGACCGUGUCGGCCUCCAAUUAUGUCUUUAGAACUUCAAUUCCAGCUGCCGAAGCGGUUUUAGGGAAUGCGAUUGGGGUGGAGGGAGAAGAGUGUGUAAACUCAUUAAAUGGUUUCACGAAUUUGGGAUGGUACGAGGAACGGAUGCUGCACGAUCAUGCUCAUGGUCAGGUAGUUGCUGCUUCGGAGUUGAUAUGUAAGACCAUGUACGGCUGGAGAGAGCCUGUUUCGCCUCAUUUGGCUGCGAAGAGAGAAGGUGCAGAGUUAGAGGAUUCGGAGCUGUUACAAGUGCUGAAGAUGUGUCUGGGAAGUGCUACUGAGUUGAAAUGUGAAGGGAAGAUGAUGACUAAGUUUACUGUAGUUGAAACCGCUGGCGGAGUUGCAAGUCCUGGACCCUCUGGCUCACUUCAAUGUGACUUGUACAGGCCCUUUCGACUACCUGCUAUUCUCGUUGGAGAUGGACGAUUAGGUGGAAUUUCAGGAACUAUUUCGGCUUAUGAAAGUUUGAAAAUUCGAGGAUAUGAUGUUGUUGCCAUUGUUUUGGAAGACCAUGGUCUCGUAAAUGAAGUUCCAUUGUCGUCUUAUCUGCAUAAUAGGGUGCCCGUACUUGUGCUCCCACCUGUUCCACAAGAUAUGUCAGAUGACCUAGUUGAGUGGUUUGAUCAAUCUCGAGAUAUCUUCAAUUCUCUCAAGGAGAAAAUGAUUGAAUCAUUUCUGCAGAGAAAGAAUAGAGUUCAGGAAAUGCCAAAGAAAGCGAAAGAGGUCUUCUGGUGGCCUUUUACUCAGCAUAAACUUGUACCAGAAGAAAGCGUGACAGUCAUAGAUUCUCGCUGUGGGGAGCACUUUGCAGUUCACAAGAUAGGUGAAGGUAAUCUUGUUACUCAACAGUUUGAUGCUUGCGCUAGUUGGUGGACUCAGGGACCUGAUCAGUCUUUACAGAUUGAACUUGCUAGAGAGGUGGGUUAUGCUACUGCAAGAUUUGGGCAUGUCAUGUUUCCUGAGAAUGUGUAUGAACCAGCUUUAGAAUGUGCAGAGCUUUUGCUUGAAGGUGUAGGCAAAGGAUGGGCAUCACGCGUUUUCUAUUCAGAUAAUGGAUCUACUGCAAUUGAAAUUGCACUUAAAAUGGCUUUCCGUAAAUUUUUGGUUGAUCAUGGAAUUCUUUUGGAUAUGUCAAGAUCUAGCAUCGAUGAAAAUCAUAUUGAACUAAAGGUACUAGCACUUAAAGGGUCUUACCAUGGUGAUACAUUGGGUGCCAUGGAAGCACAAGCACCAUCAUCAUAUACGGGCAUUCUCCAACAACCAUGGUAUCAAGGGAGAGGUCAUUUUGUGGAUCCUCCAACAGUAUCAUUGCAAGCUGGUGUAUGGAAGCUCUCUUUGCCGAAAGUGAUGCAAUAUAAAGAUGUGAGUGAGGAUGACAAAGUCUUCAGCUUGCAAGAUGAAAUUUUCAACAAGAAACGAGACAUUUCAAAUGUUGCCACCCAUUAUUUAUCCUAUAUAUCAGAGGAGAUAUUCAGAAAUUCUGAUUCUAAAGUUUGUUCCCAUAUUGCAGCAUUGAUUAUAGAACCAGUAAUCCAAGGUGCUGGUGGAAUGCUGAUGAUUGAUCCACUUUUCCAACGGUUACUUGUUAAAGAAUGUAAAAGCAGAAAGGUUCCAGUUAUUUUUGAUGAGGUUUUUACUGGUCUUUGGCGCCUUGGAGUUGAGUCUGCUGCUACACUUUUGGAGUGUCAACCAGAUAUAGCCUGCUAUGCUAAGCUAUUGACUGGAGGAAUUGUACCAUUAGCUGCCACAUUGGCCACAGAUGCCGUUUUCAAUUCUUUUAUUGGAGAUUCAAAGCUAAAGGCCCUCUUACAUGGACACUCGUACUCUGCUCAUGCAAUUGGCUGUACUGCAGCUGCAAAAUCCAUAAAAUGGUUCAAGAACAGGCAGAAAAAUUCUAACUUGAGUUCCGAUGCAACGACACUUAGAGAGUUCUGGGACGGAAACAUUGUUAAGAAGAUCUCAAAACUUCAAACAGUUGACAGAGUAGUAGCCUUGGGAACUCUAUGUGCUGUUGAACUCCGAGCAGAAGGUUUUAAUAGCGGCUACGGAUCGCUAUAUACAACCUCCCUUAUUCAGAAACUUCGCCAAGAUGGAAUUUACAUGAGGCCUCUAGGCAAUGUCAUAUAUUUAUUAUGUGGGCCUUGCACAUCCCCUUUGAUCUGUCAAAACAUUUUGGAGAAAGUUUUCACAAGGCUUGAUGAGAUCGGUGAAUCCCAUUGAUUGACAUAUUUUGACAUUAAACAUCUCUUCACAUUUUGUUUAGGCAAAGUUAGCUUAUUUACUACUUUGGAUCAUUGUUUCUUUCAUCGGUUCAAAAUGAUGCUGUUAAAUUCUUUCUUUCUUAUCAUUCAUGUGAUAUCAUAAUUUUUGUUUAAUU